GUCGUCGACAUCACAUCAGGCGGGAAGAGCGCGCCGCGGUGCGCACGUGGCAUUGAGUCGGGCGCCUGCACCGACGAGCGACAGCCGAGUUUGGUUGUGCAUGUGCGACCAAACAAGCUUACACAACUGUCUUCCUGCUACCACCAUGAAUUCCCAACCGGGCCAGAACUACGGCAGCAACUCGGGCUUCCAGAACGCCCCUGCGCCCCGUCAGGACAUGGAGUACCUCUGUGCUGACUGCGGUGCGAAAAACGAAAUCAGGUCCCGUGAGCCCAUUCGCUGCAGGGAGUGCGGACAUCGUAUCAUGUACAAGAAGAGGACAAACAGGAUGGUCCAGUUUGAGGCGCGGUGAUCUCCGUUGCUGUAGACCUUCCUUCCCUUUCCAUCCUCCCUUGGUUCAGAUGACGACCUUCCCACCCGCCCUGGCCAUUUAUCCGAUGCUCAUCGCAACAACCUGCUCUACUUUGCCGGCCGCCGCGCCAUCCAGGAGGGUGCUUUAGGCCCGGGAGAGAUCACCAGUCCACAUGGUGCCGUCCUGCCGCUCAUACCCUCCGCAUGUAUACUACCGUGACAACGUCAUAAUGUGCA